AUGGCUGAACAAAAGAUGCAAUACGUCAAGUCGGUCUCCCUACCAUUGGCAGGUACAGAAGGUCUGGGGAAGUCCGGACUGAAGGUCUCGAAAGUUAUCCUGGGUGCCAUGAGCUUUGGUAGCGACAAGUGGCAGCCCUGGGUCUUGAACGAGGAAGCAUCUCUGCCUAUCCUCGAGCACGCAUACAAGAAUGGCAUCAACACUUGGGACACAGCUGAUAUCUAUUCCCACGGCAUCUCCGAGAAAAUCAUCGCGAAAGCUAUCAAGCAAUACAAUAUUCCUCGCAACAAGAUCGUUCUACUUUCAAAAUGCUACUUUGGCGUCGAUGAAGAAGACCCGUCCCUUGGUAUCGCAUCCGUUUCCGUCAACGACGGCGAGAUGGUCAACCAGGUCGGUCUCAGCCGCAAGCACAUCUUCGAUGCUGUCCAGAAGAGCGUCGAGCGCCUCGGCACAUACAUCGAUGUCCUACAGAUCCAUCGCCUCGACCGCGGUACACCCAGGGAGGAGAUCAUGAAGGCCCUGAACGAUGUUGUAGAGAAGGGCUGGGUUAGGUACAUUGGUGCCAGCUCCAUGGCAGCCUGGGAGUUCCAGACCCUACAGAACAUCGCAGAGAAGAAUGGAUGGCAUAAGUUCAUCAGUAUGCAGAACUACUACAACCUGAUCUACCGCGAAGAGGAGAGGGAAAUGAUUCCAUACUGUCAAGACACCGGCGUAGGCCUCAUCCCGUGGUCUCCCAUCGCCCGCGGUGCACUCACACGUCCCUGGACCGACCGCUCCUCAAACCGCGCGCAGACCGACAAUUUCCUCGACCUACUCGUCCACAGCCGCGAAGACAAGAUCGACCAAGAAAUCAUCAGUCGUGUGGAGCAGAUUGCAAAGAAGAACAAUGUCAGCAUGGCAUGUAUCGCAACAGCCUGGUGCAUCAAGAAGGGCGUCUGCCCGAUCAUUGGUCUUAGCAGCAAGGAGAGGGUGGAAGAGGCGGUUGUGAACUCGAACUACAAGUUGAGUGAUGAGGAUGCGAAGUUCCUGGAGGAGAGGUAUGCGCCCAAGGAGAGGCAGGGAUUCUAG